GUACUGGGUACUUCUAAUCUUGAUUUCAAUCUUUCCAUUUAUUUAGAGUUGCAGUAGGGAUAAUAAAACUUUCAAUAAUUUGUAAACUCAUUAUUAUAAUAUUUUAUUUAGCGUUUCAUUUAUCUUAUUGGAAGAUCGUCAGCGUUCAACUGUGGCUUUGGUUAUGUCCACCAUACCUGAUUUGGUGUUUCAUCAAGAUUUGAACUGAUUAAGUGGAACCGCUGAGAGGAAAUAUGAUGAACCAGACGAGUCCAUCAAAAGACCCUUUAAUUCGGCCUAACAAUUGUUACGACAGAGAAGAUCUUAACGAAAAUAAUCUCAUCAGAUCUUUGCAGAACAUCAGAAUGAGCCAAGAAAACUCAGAAUUCUCAGAGGAGUACCACUCCAAUAGCCUGCUGUUUGAAGGUUACAAUGACAAUGAUGAUGAGGUAUUUGAAGAGUUCCAAGAGUCUAGUACCAUCACCUUCACUCGUGAGCCUAGGAUCAGGAGGAUAUCGGAUGUGAUUGAUUCCAUCGGAUGUAGUCCGUCUUCGCCAGUAAGCAAGUCUAGCAACAACUUUGACUUUACGGAGCGGGCUGUGACGGAGACAGAGGAGAGAAGUAUAUGUAUCGUGAGAAGAGAAGAGGUCAAGUAUGGACCCAUCCACCUAGACAGUCCUCCAGUACGUAGGAUCAUGUCCAGUGUAACAGAUAGUCAGGCCUCCCCUCCGCCCACCCCUGGGUCCGACCCUGGCUACUGCAGCGCCAGCCACGCCACCCCACCUCCGCCCUCCAACCUCGUGUUCAAGCCCAAGUGGUUCAGGUUCAGUGCUUCCUCUCCGCCCAAGCUGGACACCUUGGACGCCCAUGUCAUGUGUGCUCCUGAGGAGGAGCAGCAGAUGAAGCCCACCACCACUGGACCUGCCAGUGUGGUAGGUGGAGGGGGUGGCGUGACUCCUUUGGUCUAUCCUCAAGCACAGAUGCCAGUGCCUCUCAAGAGUCUGGAGUACAACAUGGACCACGCCAGACGUGGGCAUGCCAUCAUCUUCAAUCAUGAGGAGUUCACGAUGGACAACACUUCGCCGCGGGUCGGCAGCAAGCUGGACGCAGUCAGACUACAGCAGACCUUGGAAGGACUGGGCUUCACUGUGCAGAUAUAUCAUGACUUGGACUCUGACAAGAUCAAAGCCAGGAUCAACGAGUUGGCAAGCCUGGACCACUCAGACUGUGACUGUGUGUUGGUAGCCGUGCUAAGUCACGGGAUGGGCACCAGUUACAUCCUGUCACAUGAUUACCCGUAUCCCGUGGACAUGUUGUGGUCACCCUUCAUACCUGAUCGCUGUCCUACGUUGGCUGGAAAACCAAAGCUCUUCCUGAUACAGGCCUGUCGUGGAGACAAACUUGACGGAGGAGUUCAGUUGGUGAAGAGGACGCAAGUGGACAGUGACUCUGGCAGUCAAACAUACAAGAUACCUGCCAUGGCAGACUUUCUCAUAGCCUACAGCACAGCUGAGGGAUUCUACUCUUGGCGUAAUCCGCUGAAAGGCACGUGGUUCAUCCAGAGCCUAUGUGAGAUCCUGGAGAAGGAGGCAUUUCUGCACGACCUGCAAACUCUGCUACUGAUGAUCUCACACAAGGUAGCCCUGGAACACGAGAGCUUCAGUGACCUCUACCCUUGGCAGCAUCAGCAGAAGCAGGUUCCGCAGACAGUGUCCACCCUCAUACGCAAGGUGCACUUCAAACCCAAGGCUUGAUGUUCCCUAAUGUUAGACCAGAGUUCUGCUGCAGAGGUUAUUCUUCACACUUAUGCUAGCUGUGCUGCUCUUGAAGGCUUCACUUCUGUUUAAGUGUCCAAGCCAACUUUCAUUACUAGCCUUUCUUACAUCGAACACACCUGAAAUCAGUUCUUCUGUCUUUGUUACGGUUUGCUUCCUGUGGUUUGUUUUCAAUGAAUAUCUUACAGCUUUUUCUACUACAUGUAGUUAUAGUUUGACUUUGUUAUCUUUUUAAAACCUCUUUUAGAUGGUGUUCUACAUUAUAUUCUCCAGCAUUGAAUUAUCUCCCAAGUGCUAAAAAAAGUAUCUACUUCAUAGCAUUGAAUUAUAAAUCCCUGUAUUAUGGUGGAUUUGAUAUAUUUAUCACAUUACUAACGUUUCAUUACUAUUCAAAAACUUAACAUUAUGAAACCCUACACCAGAUUUUUUUGGGCUUGCAAUGAAUGAAUUACAAGCUCCUUUUUUACUCAUGAAAAAUCUUAAUAAAAGUUUAAGGUGCUAGAAGUGUUCAAUAAUUUCCACCCCAAUUUUUGUAUUUUACUCUGGGAUUAAAGUCACCAAGAGUGAAUAAUGUGUGUGUAUCCAUUGACAGGAGAAAUUGUCUGACAAUUGUAUACACCCUGUUUCUUGUUUAAGACUUUUGGACACCUAAAAUGUAUUGAUAAUAUAUGAAGUCCCUUGGCAUGAUAAAUGGAAAUGUUAUUUUAAAUAAUAUAUUUGGGCUGACAACAAGUCUUGAUUUGCCUAAUUUUAUGUAUUUCUUGAUUCAACAAAAGUUCAGGGAUACUUCCGGUGUGUUCAUGUGUAUUAUUUACCUUAAGUUUUUUUUAUUAAUUUUUACCAUAUCAGAAUAGUUAAAUAACUGAAAUAUGUUUAUUUUUGGUUUUAACUUAAUGUUCUCUUAAAAUGUUGAGUACCCAGUUUUUAAAUUUGAAUCUGUAAAUCAAACAAAGCCUUCCUAUUAUAACUGGAUGGUUUCAAAGUAUUCUAAAUUUAAAUUAGAAGAUGACAUUAAGAAAUCAUUGCUAUUUUGGCCUAAAGCUAAGCAAUCAGUAUAUAUUUUUUGUAUAACAAUAGAUUAAUUUGUAUGGUUAUUGGAUGUUUUACUACAUGUAGUUGUUGUGUAGUAAAUGUUGUUCCAGAUGUAUGAAGCAUUUUCUACUGCCAGAAACAUGUCUUUCACUAAAUGUGCACUUUUAUAUUUACAAGCUUGGCAAUAUUAUAUUUUAAAUUUUAAAGAGUUAAGGUUUAAUGUGUUUUUUUAAUGAACUUAAUCAAUUUUGGUUCAUAUGAAAGUAGUUAUAAGUUUAGAGUAAUUUUGUAUUUGACUAGAAUACUUAUUUUGAGAAAUAAAGAGUUAACACCAAAAACUGCCUCAUGAAAAAUAUAUUAAUAAAAUGAAAACAUUUAUGUUAGUUACAAAAAAAAACAACAAUUAAUAUAAUGGAUUAUGUUAGUAAAAAAAAAUAUUCUGGGUAAAUUUUUAUAUUUAGGAUUGAUUACAAAAAAGAUUCUCUCAAAAAAGUUACCAUAAGUACACUGUUAACUAAAGUAAUCUAUAAACAAAAUAAACACUUGUUGUGAAUUUGUAUGCAGACAGAAGGUUUGUUUUUAUCAGAAACAACUUAACAAUUAUAUGUACUUUAAAUGAUCUCAUAACAGUCUAAGAAAGUGAGGUGGUCUACUGAAUUGUACAGUUUUAAAAAGAAUUGAUCUGUAGGAACAUGAUGGACCAAAAGCCUUUCAAACUGUUCCUUGUAUUAAAUGUGAAUAGAUUGUGUGACAAACGUUGAUCUCUAUUGCUAGUGCCAGUUCUGUGAUUGAAAUGAUUUUGUUGUAAACCAUUUGUUGCUAGAAUAAAUUCUAGUGUGUAUUUUUUUGCUUAGAGUAUUAGUUUAUCUUCAACGACAUGCUUUAAACUAAAGGGUUUAAAUUCAAAAUCAUCUUAAGCGUGUCACUGCCAUUUUUGACUGGUCUAAAUGUAACCAACAUUUUUAAAAUUGGAGGAUGGUGAACAAUCAAUAUAAAUUAAAACAUUAAUUCAAAACUAUAUGCAAAUUUUUCAGUUGUAUUGGAUUUACUAUUGGAUUAAAGAGUAAAUUUUACUUUAAUAUCAUCUGGCUCAAACAAACAUGGAUGAGAAGAUAACCUAGUGCUCUACCAACAAUGUGAACAAAACCAUUUCUUAAUUAUUUGUCUUGUUUAUGUUCAUUUACUUAAACUUGUUUUUCUAGUUGUAAGUAGAUCAGUGUUAUGUUGUUUUACUCGUUCUAAGAAAUAAAUAUUUAGGGCCUACAUUAUUAGCUUUAUAAACUUUAGCCAUGAAAAUAAAUGAAAAAGGUUUCAAUUAAUUAUAAACUGGUAUCUGAUUAUCUCAAUACUAAUAAAACUUUUAAAUGUGAUUUGCACUCGAUCAAAUCAUGGCUAAAGUUUAUGUACUUUGUUUUAAGGAUAUAUCAUUAUGAUAUUUUACCUUAUUUGGUCUCAUAUAUUAAGUGAAUUUAUAAAUAAUCCAAAUACAGAGUAGAGUAGAUUUUAUCUUACCCUUAAGCUUUGUAAAUAAGAUUGCCUUUAUAACAGGCAAAUAUAUAAUCAUCAUACUCGAUAUAUUUAGCUCAGAGAUCUGAUCGGGAUGAAUUCAGUGUUUAUUCAUGUCAUAGUUUGAGAGGUGGGUUGCACUCGUGUAGCUGUUUCUCUUCAAACAUGAUGAUUUGUCCCUGGUCUCUCUCUGAGCUCUCGUGCUGAUCACCAUUGCUCAAGUGCAAGGAACCAAUGUCUUUCAUCUGCAUUGCCAUUUUCCAUAGAUUUUUACACAAUUUUUUACUCCUAUUUUCAAUGACCUUCUUGUUUGCUCAAAGCUUUGACUGAUGCGAUUGAUUUUUGCAGAAAUGAAUCUUAGUUUGCUAGAAAGUGAUUUGAGAUAAAACUUGCCCUACUAUUAAGGUUGUGUAAUUAGCUGUCCUUAGGUUCAAGAUCUCUUCUGAAUUUAAAUAUUUAAUUUGGAAUUUCUUAUUCAUUGCCCAGCAUAUGUCGGUAUAAAGUGAAUUAUGAAAAAUGUAAUUCAAUGUAAUAAAUCAGACUACGGUACUUGUAGUCUUAACAGCAUUUCAGAUUGAAAAUUAAGAUAUGAUUAAAAAAUGUUCAUAACUAUCAGCUUUGAUAUUGUAUUAGGUAGUUGAUCUGUGUAUAUUUCUUUCUUUGUCAAAUGAUCUCUUACUGACAUUAGCCAUUUAUACUCUGUAUUUUUAGCUUGUUUACUCCUAUAUAUUUUGAUUGAUACUUUCUUUUUCAAGUCUCUAAUUUCUAUAUAAGUAGGCAGUAACGGAGAGAUAUGUUUACAUAAAGUUCACUGUGAACAUGAGCAUAUUUUAGUCAAUAAAUAAGACUUGGUUGAUACAUGGAAAGAAGCUGUUUGUAUUAUUGUUGUGUUGUUACAUAAUUUUCAUGCAUUUUGUGUUAUUUUGCAUGAUGAUUUUGUUGUAUCAGUUACAGAUUUGUAAUAAAUAUCAAAUUAUAUGUGUUUUUAAGAA